AUGUUAUUUGAAAGCUCUAUUAAAUAAGGGGAUCCUCGUCUUUCUAAUAGAAAUAAAUCAGGAUAAGCAACAGAAGUAUCAAAUAAUUAUGAUCGAUCCUUCAAUAGCAGAGUUAUUUAUGCAAGAAAUCUAUUUUCAAAAUUAUUCUUACAGUUAAUUAUUGUUUGUAUUUCUAAAUAAUAAUUUAGGUAUUUAUGCAUGGAUUGUGCAUUCAUUACCUAAUUUAGAUAAUUUUUUAGAAAAAUAGAUGUGGAUAUUUUGGUUAAGUUUAGGUGUUUGUAUAGUAAUAGCAACAUUGACAUUUAUAUAUAGGAAUUAAUUAAAAACUGCUCCAAUGAAUUGGUUAUGUUUUAUUUUAUUUACUAUUUCUUUGGCAUCAUUGUGUGGUUGCUUAGUAGCAUUUGGUAAUUCAUAAAUUGGAUUAAUGAUUUUUGUGAAUUUUGCAAGUAUCAAAAAAACAUAUAUAUUUUAGGUGUAAUAUUCUUUUUAUUUUUGUAUUCUUCAACUGUUAGAAGAAAGAUAACUUAUUCUGGAGCUGUUCUUUUUUUAUCUGCAGGAAUAUUAAUUGUAUUUGAGAUGUUUACUAUCUUUUCUAAAAUCUCAUUAUUCUGGAUAAUGAUUAUUUCUUUAUCAUCCUUUUUAAUUGCAUUUUUAUUGCUUUAUGAUACUUACACAAAUUUGAAGUUUUUAUUAUUUUAUAUCAUUUAUUUAGUUCUGAUGAUUCUUAUGAUAUAAGUGCAGCAGAUGAUGUGAGUGGAAGUGUGACUAUAUAUUGGGAUAUUAUAUUAUUAUUUUUGAAAAUGGCAGAACUUAUCAAAGAUAACCUAUUUAACAGAAAAAAUUGA